AUGUCAACAGUAGAAUCGGCAUUCAGUUCACAUAGUUUCUCUGGAGACGUGUCAGGACAAUCCUUUAAAUAUCGUGUUCUGAAAAUGCAUGACUCGCUUUUUAUUUACAUUGGAAAAAAGGAUGAAGAAUUGCUUUCGGGACUAGGAUUGGGAUUUCCUUCAAGAACGUCUGAUCAAGAAAGUGUCUCAAUGUCUAUCAUCAACACAGAAGCACCAGAAUCAGUUGAUUUAGCCAAGAAUAUAUCGCAACGUUUGAAGAAACCCGUGUUUGUCAGUUGCAACACAUUGCUUGACCGAAUAUCGAGACCAGUCAUUGAAAAACGAUUACUUGACGAGCUGAAUAAUCAUCCUGAUCGCUUUUAA